CUGUGAUGAGCAGACGUGGCAUGGCUCCACACAACUGACAAUUCCUGAGAACUCAAAACCAAAACCUAUGUCACUCACUCUUCCCAAACACACUUUCAACUCCACACACAAAUCUCAUCUCAUCCUUCUCCUUCCCUUCCAUGGAAAACGAUCCCUUCCUUCUAAUCAACCGUCAAAAUUCACCUUUCACUUCCUCAAAAUCCUUCAACGACUUCGCCACCUUACAACCACCACAACCACAACCACCACAACAAUCAUCGGAAAUUCAAUCCUGCAACUUCACUUCCCAACAACACCACCACCAACAACCAUUCUCUCCUUCCAAACACAAAAAACUCAGCCGCUGCAAAACCGCACCCGCCAUGUUCAUUCUCCCAAACCUAAAACCAACCACCAACAACCAACCUCAUCUCCCCAAACCUCAAACCAAUUCCAUCAUCCGACAAGGUAUCUGGCUUCUCCUAAUCUACCUCUCCAUCGGUGUAGUCAUCUACUCUUUCAACACAAACAAUUUCUCUGGCAUAGAAACUCACCCUGUUGUCGACGCACUAUACUUCUGUAUAGUCACCAUGUGCACAAUUGGUUACGGUGACAUAGCUCCAUUAACACCAAUGACUAAGCUUUUCGCUUGUGUUUUUGUUUUAGUAGGGUUUGGUUUCAUAGAUAUACUCUUGAGUGGCCUUGUUAAUUUCGUUUUAGAUUUGCAAGAAAACACUAUUUUAACCGGUCUUCAAAUGGGGGCUAGAGACGGUUUUUCUGCUAGGGAUUACAUUGUUGAUGUUGCCAAAGGUAGGAUGAGGAUUCGGUUGAAAGUUGGUUUAGCACUUGGAGUUGUUGUUCUUUGUAUUGGUGUUGGGAGUUUGGUUUUGUGUUUUGUUGAGGGUUUGAAUUGGGUUGAUUCUGUUUAUUUGGCUGUUAUGUCUGUUACGACGGUUGGUUAUGGUGAUCGGGCUUUUACGACGCUUCCGGGGAGAUUGUUUGCGGCGAUUUGGUUGUUGUUUUCUACUUUGAUGGUUGCUAGGGCUUUUCUGUAUUUGGCUGAGGCUAGAAUUGAUAGAAGACAUAGGAGAUUGGCUAAGAUGGUUUUGCAUAGAGAGAUUACUAUUGAAGAUUGGCUUGCUGCUGAUAUCAACAAUACUGGUUUUAUUAGUAAGUCAGAAUAUGUGAUCUUCAAGCUGAAAGAGAUGGGAAAAAUACAAGACAAAGAUGUAAUGCAAAUUUGUGAUCAAUUCAGGAAGCUGGAUCCCUCUAACUGUGGGAAGAUAACAUUACCUCAUCUCUUAGAGGGAAGAACAUGAAAAAAAUAAAAAAAAAAUAUAAUUGUUUAGAAAAUCUAGUGGUGAGACAUAAUCAAUAGUGCAAAAGUUUUGCAAAAUAUAGAUGUAUGGUUGGGAGAAAGAUUUUGUACAGACAUUAGAGUUGGUGGGAUUAACAUGAAAGUUACUAGAUGAUGUAGAGAAAGAGCAUCACCAUUAUUAAUAUACUUGGGGCAUUAUAUCA